ACUAAAAGCGAGGACAAGUGAGAGUAUUCUUAUUACGUAUCAAUUAUUAAAUCUGGAUUGAAUAAGUUGUAAAGAUUUAGUUUGAAGUAUUUGAAAAUAGAUAUUGGCAUAAUAAUAUCCACUACUUAUUAUCUGGAUGACCUUAAACAUUCAAAUUAAGCUGAGAGUGGUUUGUAGCGAAACUUUUAAAAUUUGCAUUUACGCAAACAUUUUCUCAACAUAAAAUAUAUUACAACCUCUUAAGUCCCAGAUUAUUCGUCUAAAUUCUAUACAAAGUUUUACCUAUUCCGAAUUAAAAAAAAACAAUACCCUCAUUGAUAUUAUAGUAACAUCUUAAUUAUAGACAGAAUUUGAUCAACGUCUACGGGCUAUAGCUACCGGCGUAUAUACAAACUGUGAACAGCUGCGAACUCGUAGCUAGUCCGUCGGUUCGGUUUCACUCGUCCUUAGUUCACAAUCGUUGCUUGCGGUCACUCGACGCACGCGUAAAUCUCAACGUCAAAUAUAAACAAAUAAAUACACAAAAAAUAAACAGUAAAUAUCAGUGCGAUAUAUCAAUAGUUUUUAUUCAAGUUUUCGUUAUUUAUUAUACGUUUUGUGCGCUGUGUUUCGUUGUUCGCAAUACACUGUUCCAGUUAUCUAAUAUUGAAAGUUAUAAGAAUUAAUCCCAGAGGAUGUCAGUUUGAGUCACGAUGUCGACCACACUGGAGGUGAACUCUCGAGCGCUCGGGCACGCGCACCUCUCACACUUGCCCCAGCGACCCCCCAUCAACCUCACCUUCCAAGAUCUCUCAUACACCGUGCAGAAUGGAAAAAGUUCGAAGAUAAUCCUGCGCAAUAUCAAUGGUGACUUUCGUUCGGGUCAGCUGACAGCCAUCUUGGGUCCUUCGGGCGCCGGCAAGAGUACUCUCCUCAACAUACUAGCUGGCUACAGAGUGACGGGCGCAUCAGGCGUGAUUUCCUCAAAUGGCGAGCCCCGUGACUUGCGGCAGUUCAGGAAGCUGUCCCGCUACAUCAUGCAGGAGGAUCUGCUGCAGCCGUACAUCACGGUGGAGGAGUCCAUGCUCAUCGCUGCAGACCUCAAGCUUGGCAUCGACAUGUCGAAGGAGAAGAAGGCUGUGAUUGUCGAGGAAAUCAUCCAACUGCUCAGGCUACAGAAAGCAAGAAACACAACGACUGAAAGACUGUCAGGGGGUGAAAGAAAGCGCAUAUCAAUAGCUUUGGAACUUCUCAACAACCCGCCGGUAAUUUUCCUGGAUGAGCCAACCACUGGUCUAGACGACGUAGCAUCCUCAACUUGCAUCUCCCUCCUCAAGCGUGUGGCCCGGGGUGGUCGUACAGUAGUAUGCUCUCUCCACACGCCAUCAGCUCGGCUGUUCGCGGAGUUAGACCAUGUGUACGUGGUGGCGGGAGGGCGCUGCGCUUAUCAGGGCGCGGCCGCUGCCGUCGUGCCCUUCCUCAAAGAUCUCCAGCUACCUUGCCCCAAAACCUAUAACCCUGCGGACUUUAUUAUUGAAGUAUCAAGCGGCGAAUACGGCUCACAUGUAGACAGAAUGGUGUCCGCAGUAGAAAAUGGUAGGAACCAUCGGUGGAGAACGUACGCUAUAGAGGAGGGCCAGUCCAGCGACUUCCAAGAAAUGGAGAUAGAACAGCUGAAUACGGGGGGGUGUGUGGACCAGCACAACUAUAAGCACGGGUGCUCGCCUUGCCAGCAGUUCGUGGUGCUACUGAAGAGGAUGCUCUUACAGACUGUUAGAAAUAAGAGUUACUUAUGGCUGCGGGUCGGCAUGCACCUCUUCGUGGGUUUCAUAGUCGGUGGUUUGUUCAAUCAGAUGGGGUAUGACGCUUCCAAGACUAUCUUCAACUUCGGAUUCUGCUACGCCUGUACCAUCGCCAUGCUUUACAUUCCUAUGAUGCCUGUGUUACUUGCCUUUCCAAAAGAAGUCCAACUGGUGAAACGAGAGUAUUUCAACCGCUGGUACGGCUUGAAACCGUACUACGCGGCUCUGGUCAUCUCCCGGACUCCGGCCACCAUAUUCUUCAGCCUUAUGUACCUCGUCAUCACCUACCCUAUGACGUCACAGCCCAUGGAGAUCAACAGGAUAGCCAUGUUCAGUUCCACCUGCAUACUAAUAGCGCUGAUAUCUGAAUCUAUGGGAACAGUGAUCUCAUCUAUGUUGAGUGUUGUUAAUUCCGUCUUCAUGGGCCCAGCUAUGAGCGUCCCUCUCAUGUUACUGGCAGUCUACGGCAUCGGCAGUGGAGAUGAUCCCUUACCCAUAGUGUGGAGACUGGCGCGGGCGUGUUCCUUCCUAAGAUAUGGUAUCGAGGGUCUGGUGGCCGCGAUAUACGGAGCGCCGAGAGACGACCUCGUGUGUCCAGACCAUGUGGACUACUGCGAGUAUAAGAAUGUUGCCUAUUUUGUAAAACUGAUGGGUAUGUCAGGCAUCUCGUUCUGGGUGGACUUCGGCGUCUUGGUCUUCAUCCUUCUUGCCAUGAACCUUACUGGGUACUACCUUCUUCGCCAACGCCUCUCGCCCAACUAUGCAUUUAGGGCCAUCAAACUGAUCGGUAACUUCGUCAAAACGAAAAUGAGUUCUUAUUCCUAGUGCCUCUGUACUUAGUGAUUUUAAGUUAGAUUUUAAGUGAAAACCAUUAAUUAAUUAUUAUAUAUAUGUGUUAAGAUUCAAGAAAGGUUAAACGUUUCUUAGGUAUUUAGUCACCAGUGACCGACAAACAACUUUGUCGAAACAUUUGCUGUUGUGUGGAGACAUGUUUAUAUUAACCAUUCUAAGCUGUGAGUUGGUUUUAAGAAACUUUACUCAUUUUAUGAUGAUUUUUUCUUGUUUGUCAAAGUGGGUCUUUCAUGAUGAUUCUAUUUGAUAAUAUUUAUGAUGAUCUGCAUGGUAAGCGACCUAUUUGGAUUAGUUUCCAAUCUAUACUUACUUAUUUAUCUUAUUAUGUUACUAAGAUACCCAGUGUAAUAAUAAUUUAUGGUAACCUUAAAUAUAAAUAUGCAGUUUCGUUACAAACUUAAUGCUCUGUUAAAAUAGUAGAUUAUACCACUGUGAUAGCAUAUUAUAGGUACUAAGUGGUUCCUAUUUCUUUGUUUGCAUGACAUCUAUUGGGUAAGGUGCUAAAUUAAUUAACAAUAUGAUUGAUUUUUAAAUUUAUAUGAAUGUGAUGAGAUCUUUAGUCAGUUGUCUUACAAUAGUUACCUUUUUGCAAGUGUUAUCGAUUUUGGAUGGGUCUUUAAGUAAGAAAUGUUUCUUUAUAAGGCCCAGAGGUCCUCGAUGAUGCGAAGUCACCAAUAGAGAAAUUUAAAAUGAAUCCAAUUUUUUUUACCACAAGUUACUCGACACUGUCAGUUCAAAAAACAUUUGAUCGAGCCAACGAUAGCGCUCAGAUACUAUUCUAGGACCAAAGCUAUAAGUCAAAAUUUGAAUGGAAUUUAAUUGGACGAUAUUUAGUUGUCUAUUUAAAUUUUAGAGGUUUAUUGACAUAAAAUAAAUUAAAUAGGUAAUACAAUUUUUAAAGCCCCUUGUUAUAUAAUAACGUGACUAAAGAUUUCGAUGUGUGGAUCUAACCAAAGGAAGUAAGAGAAACCCAGUGUGAUAGAACUUAGAUAAGAUUUUUUAUAUUUUUAUAUAAUUUAUAGUUAAGAGGUACAAUCGUUUUAAUAUUUACCAUUAUUUGGUAUGAACUUAUAACUUACAUUUGCAGGAUGAGGAUAUUUUUAAGACUGAUUGUAAAUCUUCUUUGAAAGAAAUAUAAAUUGAUGGAUGACCUU